AAGGGCUUCAACUCACUCGAUGAUCUUCUCCAUGUCAAAGGCAUCACCACCCGCAUCUUGGAGCUGAACAGUCAGCGGAUGACUUGCAGGAGGAGGCCAAGCAGCGAAGAAGCUGCGAGGGUGGUGGCUGAGGAGGAGGAUGUUUCGGGCCCCUGGGAGCCGGAGCGCUCUGGGAAAGGGAGCCCAGGGUCAGGACCGGAGACUGACAGCUCCAGUGGGCGAGGGACGCAGGAGCCAGUCAGCUCCACAGUCUGCAGGGAGCAGGAGGAGGAGGAGGAGGAAGAAGAGGAAGAGGGGAGCUGCUACAGUGAGGAAGGGGAGGAUGGCAGCAACGUCUACUUCUAUUACACCAUUGGAGAGCGCUGGAUAGACUACCUGCAGCGGACAGAGGAUGGUGGCCUCCUCCAUCACGUGCGGCCCAAGAUGAAGCGCAAGUCGGAGAACGGCCUGGAUGGCAGGGCCCUUUCCCCCGGUAAAAAGCUGUGCAAGGGCUCUGAGUACAGCAGGACACUGGGUCCCUGCAUGCCCAGUCCCACCACCACCUUUGGCGACCUGCGCAACGCCAAAGCAGGCCAGGCACGGCGCCGCCGCAUCCCCUCAGUUGCCCCUCCUCCCGAGCUGCAGGACUGGCUCCGCACCUUCCAGCGGUGGAGUGGCCCAGAGAAGCUUCUUGCUCUGGAUGAGCUCAUUGAUCGCUGCGAGCCCUCCCAAAUCAAGUACAUGAUGCAGGUCAUUGAACCCCAGUUCCAGAGAGACUUCAUUUCCCUGCUGCCCAAGGAGCUGGCACUCUAUGUCCUCUCAUUCCUGGAGCCUCGGGACCUGCUCCGUGCUGCCCAGACCUGUCGCUACUGGAGGGUCUUGGCUGAAGAUAACCUGCUUUGGAGAGAGAAAUGCCGUGAAGAAGGCAUCGAGGAGCCCUUGAACCUGCGGAAGCGGCGCCUGCUGAGCCCUGGAUUCAUGUACAGCCCCUGGAAAUUUGCCUUCAUGCGGCAGCACAAAAUUGACAUGAAUUGGCGCAGCGGGGAGCUUAAAGCCCCCAAGGUGCUGAAGGGACACGAUGACCAUGUCAUUACCUGCCUGCAGUUCUGUGGCAACCGGAUAGUCAGUGGCUCAGAUGACAAUACACUCAAAGUGUGGUCAGCUGUCACUGGGGAGUGUGUGCAGACACUGGUUGGCCACACAGGGGGUGUGUGGUCUUCCCAGAUGAGGGACAGCAUUGUCAUCAGCGGCUCCACAGACCGGACACUCAAAGUGUGGAAUGCAGACACAGGCGAAUGCGUGCACACACUGUAUGGGCACACGUCCACAGUGCGCUGCAUGCAUUUGCAUGGGAACAGGGUUGUAAGUGGCUCACGGGACGCCACUCUGCGCCUCUGGGACAUUGAGACUGGGCAAUGUCUGCAUGUGCUGAUGGGGCACGUGGCUGCCGUGCGCUGCGUGCAGUACGACGGGCACAAGGUGGUGAGCGGUGCAUACGACUACACAGUGAAAGUGUGGGACCCCGAGAGCGAGAGCUGCACUCAUACGCUGCAGGGACACACGAACCGCGUCUACUCCUUGCAGUUUGAUGGGACACACAUCGUGAGUGGCUCUCUGGACACGUCGAUUCGAGUGUGGGACGUAGAGAGUGGAAACUGCCUACACACCCUCAUGGGGCACCAGUCACUCACGAGUGGCAUGGAGUUACGUGACAAUAUCCUUGUAUCUGGCAAUGCUGACUCCACAGUCAAGAUCUGGGACAUCAAGACAGGCCAGUGCCUGCAAACACUGCAGGGGCCUAGCAAGCACCAGAGUGCUGUGACCUGCCUACAGUUCAGCUCCAAGUUUGUGGUGACCAGCUCAGAUGAUGGUACCGUCAAGCUCUGGGACCUCAAGACGGGCGAGUUUGUGCGCAACCUGGUUGCACUGGAGAGUGGGGGCAGUGGGGGUGUAGUGUGGCGCAUCCGCGCCUCUAACACCAAGCUCGUGUGUGCGGUGGGCAGCCGCAAUGGCACGGAGGAGACCAAGCUGCUGGUGCUGGACUUUGAUGUGGACCUGAAAUGAACCUGGCCAGUCCAGGCUGGGAUGGAGGAUCCCGCGGGCUGGGCAUAGCAGCUGGUCUUGGUGGGGCUGGCCCCAGAGCAGGCACUAGCUCCCCGCGGGCUGUAAAUACUGUUUGCAUCUGUCUGGGCCUUAUUUAUAUAUGUGUGAACUCCCUGUGGGGAGCCUGCUCCUGGCUGGGGCACUGUACAGAGGAAGCAGCAUGUUUUGUACACACUAAUAUAUCGAUUUAUUUCUGUACCUAG